CUUCAAUCUCCAUUAUUACAUUACUAUAUAAUCUUAUGUCUUGUGUUAUUAAUUUUGUUAAAUAUUAACCUCCCUCCACCGUCUCCACUCUUUAAAAUAACACCGCAAAUAGCAACUCACUACUCUCUUCACUUCACUUCUCUUCUAACUUGCAUUGCACAACCAUGUCACCCCUACCUAAUUUUAUUCUCUUUUUUUCCAUAUUCCUAUUCUUUUCACUUGCAUUAACUGAACAAUACGAAGAUUUUCAAACCCUAAACACCAAAUUCAACCCUCGAAUUCCAAUCCCACCACUCCGAACACUAUCUUCAUCAAAACGUUUUGAAGGAACUUCCGAUGUAGUUAAACUCAAAUACCACAUGGGACCCGUUCUCUCUUCUCCGAUUAACAUCUACCUCAUAUGGUACGGUAAAUGGGCUAGACCUGACAAACAACUCAUCAAAGAUUUUCUCCUUUCAAUCUCCGAUACCACCGCCCCUCAUCCCUCCGUCUCCGACUGGUGGAAAACCGUUUCUCUUUACACCGACCAAACCGGCGCUAACAUCUCUAGCACAAUCUCAAUCGCCGGAGAAUAUUCCGACCUACGCUAUUCCAACGGAAAGCGCCUCACGCGACUUUCAAUCCAGGACGUAAUAGCAACGGCGGUGAGAUCUAAACCGUUCCCGGUCGAUCACCGGAAAGGAAUCUACCUUGUUUUAACGGCGGAAGAUGUUACGAUGGACGAAUUCUGCCGCGCGGUGUGCGGUUUCCACUAUUUCACGUUUCCGUCGAAGGUAGGUUACACGCUUCCCUACGCUUGGGUGGGGAAUUCAGGGAAACAGUGUGCGGAAGUUUGUGCGUAUCCAUUCGCCGUGCCAGCAUACAUGGGAGGAGGUGGACCGGGAAAACUGUCGCCGCCCAACGGCGACGUCGGAGUUGACGGAAUGGUGAGCGUGAUCGCUCACGAACUAGCGGAGCUGUCGUCGAAUCCGUUGGUAAACGCGUGGUACGCAGGGGAAGAUCCGACGGCACCGACGGAGAUCGGUGAUUUAUGCGAGGGUUUGUACGGAACCGGUGGUGGAGGCGGUUACAUUGGGGAAGUGAUGAAGGAUAAAGAAGGAAGAACGUUUAACCUUAAUGGGCUUAGGAAUAGAAAGUUUCUGGUCCAGUGGGUUUGGAGCCCAGUUUUGAAUGCUUGUGCUGGUCCUAAUGCUAUUGAUUUGAAUUGACCAUUCAUUCAUUCACAUAUUUCAGACACACGCUACUCAUGCUUGUGCUGGCCCCUACUGUAUCAUAUUCAUAAAUAUUAUGUAACGAUGUUUUUUUUGUAAUUUUAUUUCCCUUACUUGAGGAAAUUCAUUAAUAUUAUCGGUAGCUUUUUUUGUAAAUUU